AGCGUCGUGACGUGUGACGUUUGUUGCAGACGUGGAGCGAAGACGACGACGCAAGCAGCCACUGAACUUAGCCGCUGGGGCUCAAAUCUGUCUGCGUUUUCUUUCGCACUUGUUCUCCGUUCUGUGACACGAAAGCAGUCCUCGUCUCGAGCACGAUGCCUGCUCCCGCAAGCUCAACGUCUGUCGGUGCAGGAGGCCGUUCACCAUCCAAGGCUAUUGCCUCCCGCCCCUCUGGUGGUGGCACCGUUAGGCAGAGGAAGACUACUACAACUGCCCCCAGAAGUCGGGCCACAGGUGCCAGCAGUGGUGGUAUGUGGAGGUUCUACACUGAUGACUCCCCCGGCAUCAAAGUUGGACCUGUCCCUGUGCUGGUGAUGUCACUUCUGUUCAUCGCAUCAGUGUUCAUGCUCCACAUCUGGGGCAAAUACACUCGCUCUUGAACACCUCAUUCCACCUAAGUGUACCAAACGCUUUAUUGAUUUCCUUAUCAUUCCGUGAAUGAAUGGAAGACAUGUCCAGGGUAUUGGCAUUCUUAUCCUGAUAAAAAAAGUAUCUAUUUUGAGUGUGUACAGUUUAUUUGGAAGAUCUCAUCCAAAACUUGUGCUUUAUAUUGCACCUAUUU